AUGUCCAGCCAGAGUUGCGCUUGCAAGCUCAAUAAUGUACUGCACAGCUCGAGCCAGGUGCAGGAAAAGAAACAAGGUGGUCCUUUGUCACUGGCGAGCGGUGGCGGUGGCGGGCGCGGCCUGUUCUGCUACCACUGCUCGCCCAGCUUGCCGCCGCACCAGCAUCGCCUGCCAACCCUAGAAUAUCCCUUCACUGCUUCACAUCCGUCAGCAGCCAACAAGAAGCCUUGGAGAUAUCAGCCGGAACUUUGGAGGGACCAACCCAGAUUAUGGUUUAAGCAACUAGAAGCCAUAGUAGCACCACAGAAGCAAGGAGACGAUUACAAGUACUAUACGGUCAUUGCAAAACUGCCAAAAGAAGAAAUAAUACAGGUUAGUGACCUCAUUACUUGCCCACCGCCAAUAGAAAAGUACAAGGCUAUCAAAGAACGCCUAAUCAGUUGCUAUGAGGAAUCAGACCAACGUCAGCUCCAAAAAUUAUUGUCUGAAAUGGAUCUCGGCGACCAGAAACCAUCACAUCUUCUGCGCAAGAUGCGGACCCUGAGUAACGGAAAUAUCAGCGACGAAACCAUCAAACUUCUAUGGUUGAGGCUUCUGCCACCAUCAGUGACUUCGGUUCUAGCAGUCACAGAAGACAUAGAUGUGAACAAGAUGAGCCAGAUCGCGGACAAGAUAUUAAUAAAUUCAACACGUACAGAGGUGUCAGCUGUAAACGGAAACAAAUCUGGCGACGAUACAAUGUCAUGCAUACUAGCACAGUUAGCAGAAAUGCAAUUGGAACUAAAUGCAAUUCAGCAAGACACGAGCUACUCGUAUCACCCAGCUAUCCACGAUGAUACGUUCGUGCGACGGAAACAGAGGCGCAACCGGACCACCUUCACACUGCAACAGUUGGAGGAACUGGAAACUGCGUUUGCGCAGACACACUACCCAGAUGUGUUCACAAGAGAGGAUCUCGCUCUCAAGAUCAAUCUCACGGAGGCCAGAGUGCAGGUAUGGUUUCAAAAUCGACGAGCAAAGUGGAGAAAAGCGGAGCGGUUGAAAGAGGAACAGAGAAAACGGGAGGGCGAUGUGCUGACCAAGAGGGACCCUGCUGAUGAUAAGGGUUCUUCUGAAUGCGGCAUGUCUCGUGGCUCAGCGGAGGCAUCCCCGGUGUCUGGUGCGGCCGGGUCACCCCGCGCGUCGCCCCCUGUGACUCCUGGCUCGCCGAGGCGUUCGCCUUUGCGAUCACCUAACCGCUCGCCUAACAGGUCGCCUAGGCAUGAGAGGUCUGAAACCAGCUGUCCAUCACCAGCGCCAUCAGUGGGCAGUGCCAGCUCUAGAGACGGUGCCAUGGACCAGCGCCCGCCGCACCAUAUCUUCUCACCUUUCGACCAGCUGGGAGUCUGGUACAUCAUUCUCUUGCACCCACUACCACAGGGAAACAGUUAUGCUCGGCAAGUAAGGGUAGCUCGAAGUCCGACCAAAACCAGACCCGACCGUACAGCGCAUAGCGUUCUGCGCGCGCCUCAAAGAGUCAAUAGACCACCACAGACGGGGCCCUAUAUGGCUGAUGUUCAGCCGGGGUUGUGGGGUAAGCGCAAUGAGGCACCGCGACCUCGUCCCAGGGCAGGAGAAGGAACGGGGGUUUCUUAG